AUGCUAUCAUCUCUUAUUUUAGAGGAACAUCAAUUAAGUAAAGAAUUAGAUCGUCUUCUUAUUAAACUUUCAUCAAAAAUUAGUAAUAAUACACUAAUUAUUGGCAAAAUUGCUAUGGAUAUUCAGGUUAUAUUAAAUAAUAUUGUUCUUGUUGAUUUAGAACGAAUGAUAAAUAGUCUUGAAUGGAUAAUUCAAACUCAAAUAUUAUCAUAUGAUCAAAUAUCACAUUUUUGUGGACAAUUAUCAUAUUCAUUAACAACAUUUGGACAAAUUUUACAAUGUCGAUUAAAAAAUAAAAUGACAAUUAUUAAUAUAGUUAAAUUAUUAACUAAAUUAUAUACUAUUCUUGAUGAGUUUACUCAUCAGAUAUAA